UUUUUUUUUGUACACCCGCCUCCUUGAAGCCAGCAGAAGGAAAAUAAGCUGAGGACAGAGAAAUAAGAGAAGACGGAGAUGGGCUAUCUGUAACUUUGAGUUGUGCUUUAUGAACAAGGAAAGGGGCCUAACAAUUCUCCUGAAAGGGUGAGUUAUCAUCGAACCAAGGGAGAAUUUCUAUUUUAAAGCCACUACAAGAAAGGAACACUAUAAAAGCUGGUUCUGGUUGAGGCUGCUCUUCUGCUUUGUCUGUACUUCUCUAGUCUUAGUGGGUGAUGCCAGAGCAGCUCUAAUACUCAGAGCCCAGUAAGCCACUAGUUAACAGGCAGGAGCAUUUGAAAACAAUCAUGGAUGACUAUGAUAUCAGGUCUGCUGCCAGCAUUUUAGCAUCUGUUAAAGAGCAAGAAGCUCGUUUUGAGCGGCUUACCCGUGCACUCGAGGAAGAGCGGCGCAAUGUCUCCUUGCAACUUGAGCGUGCCAAUCAGCCAGCAGACCGAAUGAGCAUUUGCAACAUUGGCAAUGGUCAACCACUGGCAACCGCCUGGCAGCAGCUUGUACUGCAGGAACAAAGCCCCAGUAACCAGACAUCAAUAGCAAUGAUGCAAGAGCCUCAAGAAAUGGUGGAAGAGACAGUUACUGUGGAGGAAGACCCAGGCACUCCAACUUCCCAUGUGUCUAUUGUCACUUCUGAAGAUGGAACCACAAGGAGAACUGAAACCAAGGUUACCAAAAUGGUCAAAACAGUCACCACCAGAACAGUGCGUCAGGUGCCACUUGGGCCUGAUGGCCUGCCAUCAAUGGAUGGCUCAUCUCCGAUGGGCAGCUACACAGAUUCAAUAGACAGAAGGUACAUGAAGAAUGGGGAGCGGUACAUCACACCACAGGCAUCAUCCACAUUAACCAGAUCUUACAACAGCUACAAUGAUUCUUACCCUGAAAGCCACGAAGGCCAGUAUCGCCCUUAUAUUGGUCAUGACGGUUACGGAGAUCUGUCUGAUAACUACGGCAGCUUGUCUCGUGGUGUCAACUACCGUCCUCGCUAUGCCUACAUGCCAGGAAACAGUUACAGGCCAGAUGAUGGUAGUUUCACUUUGCCAAGCAGAAGGGAUAACUACGGUCCUGUAGCCCAGCCUCAGGUGCCAGUGGGUAGCAAUGUUGACUUGAACCGCUCCCAGCCAGAACGUUUCCAGCCAGAGCCCUAUGGACUGGAAGAUGAUAACCGCAGCCUUGGAGUAGAUGAUGAAGGAUAUGAACUGGAUCCUGAUUACUCCACUGUGAACCGGAGGACAUCUGCAGGUGUGCCAGAGAGAGGAAGACCUCACAAAGGAAGGGGCUACGAUGACCCCAUCGAGACAGAGAUGGUUGAAGAAAGGAUACCUUACCUUCACGGUGGCUACGCAGCACCGCUGGCACAGCCAGAGAGAGGAAGCAUGGCUAGUAUUGACCGUCUGGGGAAGCGCUCCCCCUCUAUUGACAGCAUUCGUAAGGACCCCAGGUGGAGGGACCCUGACCUCCCUGAAGUAAUUGCCAUGCUCAGCCACCCUAUUGAUCCAGUCAAGUCUAACGCCGCAGCCUACUUGCAGCACUUGUGCUACGAGAAUGAUAAAAUCAAAAAGGACGUGAGGCACCUUAAAGGGAUACCUAUCUUGGUGGGUCUACUUGAUCACCCAAAGCCGGAGGUCCAUCGUAAAGCCUGUGGGGCUCUCAGAAACAUCUCCUAUGGGAAGGAUAAUGAAAACAAGGUGGCUAUAAAGAACUGUGAUGGGAUCCCUGCAUUGAUCAGACUGUUGCGAAAAACAAAUGAUAUGGAAGUCAGAGAGCUAAUUACAGGCACCCUGUGGAACUUAUCCUCCUACGAGCCCCUGAAGAUGGUCAUCAUCAACCAUGGUCUGCAGACACUUACCAAUGAGGUGAUUAUACCCCAUUCAGGUUGGGAGAGUGAGCCAAAUGAGGACUCUAAGCCUCGCGAUGCUGAGUGGACAACUGUCUUCAAGAACACUUCUGGUUGCUUACGGAAUGUAAGUUCAGAUGGAUCAGAAGCACGCAGAAGACUAAGAGAGUGUGAUGGCUUGGUGGAUGCCCUCCUUCAUGCUCUACAGUCUGCAGUUGGCAAGAAGGAUACAGACAAUAAGUCUGUGGAGAACUGUGUGUGCAUCAUGCGGAACCUUUCCUAUCAUGUCCACAAAGAGGUCCCUGGAGCUGAUAAGUACCAAGAACUAGAUGCCAGUCAGACUACGAGCAUGGGAGGCUCUCAGAAGAAAAAGAAAGACGAUGCUGGUUGUUUUGGUGGGAAAAAAGCUAAAGAGGAGUGGUUCAAUCAAGGAAAGAAGAAUGGAGAUUUGGACAGGAAUUUUGAUACACUUGAUUUGCCUAAGCGGUCUGAAGCAGCAAAAGGCUUUGAAUUACUGUACCAGCCAGAUGUGGUCCGACUGUACCUCUCCAUCCUCACUGAAAGUCAGAACUUCAACACUCUGGAAGCUGCGGCAGGGGCUUUGCAGAAUCUCAGUGCUGGCAACUGGACUUGGUCCACGUACAUCCGUGCAACAGUGCGGAAGGAGAGAGGUUUACCAGUGCUUGUGGAGCUGCUCCAGUCCGACUCCGACAAGGUUGUGAGGGCUGUGUCAAUUGCCCUGAGAAACCUUUCCAUGGAUCGUCGCAAUAAAGAUCUUAUAGGUAGUUAUGCCAUGGGUGAGCUGGUAAGAAAUUUGCCCACUAGGCAGCAGAGAUCUGCAAAGAACCUGGAAGAGGAUACAGUGGUUGCAGUGUUGAAUACUAUCCAUGAAAUCAUUACUGACAGCUCAGAAAAUGCAAGGUCUCUGAUCCAGACACAGGGCAUUCAGAAGCUGGUGGCUAUCAGCAAGUCAAGCCAGUCUCCCAGAGAAACAAAAGCAGCAUCUCACGUUCUUCAGAUGAUCUGGAGCUAUAAAGAAUUACGAAAUGCCCUGCAGAAGGAUGGGUGGAACAAAUCACACUUCCAGUCUGUUUCUGCAACUCCAAAGGGUUCCAAAGGUACUGCUGGCAGGUCUGGCUACGAUGACAGCACUUUGCCUCUGGUGGAUAAAAGUCAAGAUAACGAGAAAUCUGGGAGUCGUGAUAUGAUACCUAUGGAUGAACUUGGCCCAGAUGGGUACUCCACCAUCGAUCACCGGGACAAGGAGCGCAAAUACAAGACCGGUGAUAACACGGGGGAUGCCUCGGAGAAAGAGCCUUUAAAAAAUGACACAAAUAGGAAAAACAUUAACAGGAGUAACAGGGCUUCGGUGAAUCUGGUGGAUGCCCGUGACAUUAAACCCCAGCCUGUUGACUCCUGGGUCUAAUUUGCAUGCAUGGGCUAGAAUCCAACCACAUUUUUUUUAAUUGAGGGGGAGAAACAAACAUUGAAUCGACACAGAGGAUCUCAUCAGUCACCACUGCCAUUCAGAUUUGGAGGGCACUGCAUCACUGACCAGGCUGCAGAUUCUAGGAGGAUGUGGGGAGAAAACACAAGUGACUGCCAUUGCCAACCCCGGAGCACCAUGCCUUACAGCGAGACAGUUUGCUUUUUAACUCAGUUACAUUCCCACCAGAAAUAGCCACCACCUCCCCCUCCCUCCCACUCCUGCAAGAAGAAAGCAAGCAAGGAAGAAAAGAGAAUUCAAGCUUCCAUCUAGCUGGCUGCGUUCUUAGGUGACUCUUGCGUGUGGAUGGUGCCAAGUAUGAGAAGUGAAGGUCAUGCGACAGCAAGGACGACAGCUUCACAACUGAAAGGAAGAGAAACUGCAGAAUAUUUGAAAUAACACCAUAGGUGUAGCCAUGAAGAUAAUAGCACUUUUCUGGUUUGGGGCUCAUUGUUUUGUUUUUUGUUUUGGGGGAUUUCUUUUGAACUGUGAAUCUAACAUUUUUAAAGGCUUUUUGAAAAAUGUUUUGGUUUUUUUAUUGUUUCCACAGAAAGUGCAGGAAUGUUGAGUGGGUUUAUUGGAUUUCAAUGAAGGGAGAAAAUGCAGAACAAAAACUAUUAAACGCUAGUCAAAUGAACUGGAGAGUGGAUGACAAAAUUGAUGCAAGCUGUAUAAUCUGCUUUUAGAGUAAGCUAUAUCAAUCACAGUGCUAUAUUAUCAUUAUAAUCUGGUGUACAGUACUUCUGCCUUUUGAAUUCUGUAAUGGCUCUGUUUUUAUUUCCACAUAUUGAAAAGUAGUUUAUUGAAGGUUUCAGUGUCCCUGGUUCAGAAAUCUAUGCUGAGAAAUCGAGUUGGCUGGUUUUUUGUUUUCUUGUUCUCCAAGAUUGCAAUAAGGAGCUUUUACAUUUUAAAUGUACCGGUGUUGCAUUGAUAACGAUUAACAAUUUCUUUUGCCAUAGCUGCUAACACAUUGGAAGAAAAUAGGAGCUUUUUCGUAGGAUGUCUUAUUUUGAACAUGCUAUAAAUUCUAGAUGGGUCUGUCACUUAUAUUUGAUGGUAAAUUUAUCACUGUUAAAUCCAUGUUUGCUUUGGACUAUAGAUCCUGAUGAAAAAUGCCACAAAGGGAACUGGUUUGGCGUUUUUUAAAUCAUCGUCAUGAUUUCUGUGUUCCUUUGGUUUUGUUUUAAGAUUACAUACUUCGUUUGGUGUGAAAAUCACCCAUGUGCAACAGUUCUCCUCUAAGAUACCAAGGCCUGCUUUAUGUAAGGGGGAAAUUUUAUCUCACAAGAUCGUACUCUGCAUAUAUGGUAUCUGGUAAUGCCGUGAACUAAAUGACUUCAGAUCACUGAUUUUCUCCAGGCGUUGGUCAAGGGAGGGCAGCAGAUGAGAACAGGAAGCAAAUGUCUCGCUAGUAGCAUCAGAGGACUUUUGCUGAUUUUAUUUGGUUGCCACUGUUCUUUGAUUGCCACAUUUAGUUUUAAACAAGCUCCUAAAAACAGUGUGACUGGAAAGCACAUUUUUGAAUCUAGCAAACAUCAUUUGCGGUUUUCAGUGCCUGCCGUUUCCUUUGUAAUUAAAAAGGGGAAAUAUCCAACAACCUCACCUCCCCCAAAAUAUUACUGUAAUAGUAAACAUCUAAAAUUUUUGUAAAAAAAAAAAAAAAAAUCUAAAAAACUUUAAAAAAAAAAAAGCAAGUACCAAGAGCUUUGUAUCUUCUUGAGUAUAUUAAAAAUUUGACAUGAAUACAUAUAUAUAAAUAAAUUAAAAAGUCUAUAUAUCUAUAUAUAUAUAUUGUUGUGCAGAGGAUAGGUUAACAAAACCAUUUAAAUAGUUUGCAGGAGAGGGAAGCAUUUGUUGAUUCAGGGAAAAAGACUGAUGCCAGAAGCUGUCAGUGAUUUGGAUGAUACAUGUGCUCCUUCGCACCCUCCCUUUUUGACCCUCAUCUUCCACAUACGUUGCAGUGGUCACUUCUGGAUCCUGGGGAAGGUGAAGCUGCUUGGAGCAAAUUAAGAUAGCAAAGAUUUGGUUUUUCACCUGUAUGAGAGUCCUAUUGGGCCAAAGAUGCUCAGCAGAUCGAGGGAAGCAAAGAUACACAUCUGUGAUUAUCUGUGUCGGGGCAGUGUCUCUCUAUGUGUAGACAUAAAGUGUGGCAAUGAAACCAGAUACAUAGUCUGACUGUAUAUUAUAUCAAUGGUGCUCUUUUCAUACUUGUUCUGCCAAUAUGCGGAGACCCUUUUAACCAAGCUACACAGAAGAGUUUUAUAUCACUUUUGGUUAUGUACUUGGUGUAUUCUUUUUGUAUAUGAAAGGAUUUUUUUAAAAACGUACAGUAAUUAGCAAUGGAACCUGCUUUGUAGCUGAUUAGAACAGUGUAAGAGAAGGGCCGUGCUGUCAGUCUGUCCCUGAUCUACUUCAAACCAUAUAUUUACCAAAGGAGUCUGAGCAAAAGUUCACUUAAAAUAAAGAGCUGACUGCUGAAAGGAGUCUCUGCUAAGACUUUGUGAUUUAGUUAUUGUACAGAUAUACUUUAAAGCCAGCAAGAGGUUACAGAGAAGACUGCAGGAAGGGGGAAGUGACUAGGGGACAAUUAUGUCCAUGACCACCUACCCCACAUAUCCCGUGGCUCUCAGUGGGGGCACUACAGGGACACUUAAAAUCCGGAUUGGAAUCUACUUUGGUCUCUGUCAUUAGUGGGCUAAAACCACUGAGGAGUAUUUGAGAAGCAAAUUCAGACCUUAUCCCACAUUUCCCCAAAAAUCCUUUCUGUAUUUACGCUGCAUACUAUGAUAAGCAAACCUCCCUGUCAGGUUAGAUGGCACUGGCUGCCCUGGGUCAUCGUAGCAAACUGUUUUUUUUUCAGGGGGCAAGUGUUCAUGGCAGCCAGCGUAGUUGUGAGCUCACCCUUUGGUUUAUUGCUGCAGAAAAGCAAAGGAUGGUGUAUCAAGAAGUCAAAUACCAAGUCCAUGGGCCAAGACUUCCCCUGGGAAUCACACAUCUUACCCUGCCCUUCCCAUGCCUUAUAAUAAUGACUAAAUCCCAAGUAUGUAGCAAUAACCCAUCAUUACAUUACUGCGGGGUUUUUUUCUUCUCAACAAAUUUGUCAUUUGGAUGUUGAGGAAGGAAAAUGGAUUGGGGGGUGACUUGCACAUGGGACUUACAGCCUUGUAUUACCAGCCCACCAGCUGAAGCCCAAAGCUUUGAACUUUGAACCAGGUCUGGUGGUUUAACAUCCUUUUUAUCUCCGGCCGCAAGCUCGCUGGUGGGAUGCAUGCCCACACCUGCCCUUACCUCUCCCCUUGUUGGCACAAGCGUGACUGGCUGUUUGAGCUGUUCUGGGAUGUGGGUGGAUGAACCCGUAAUUGUUGUAUUUUUGGCAGCAGGGACUGUAUGUAAAGAAGGGAAAGCGGCAGUGUGUGUGACUAAAGCUGCAGUAGGGUCUGGAGUCUCCUGCUAAAAGGCAGGCAGUGCUUUUUAGGGCUCAGGUGUGUGACCUCCUCUUUUCCUGUUGGCUCCACUGUGAAAACUGGAGGGAAUCUGCCUGCAAAGGGCUGGGGUAGAAGAGAUUUCUACCUGCAGAAAUUCUAGUGGGAGGGAUGGUUGUGAAGGGAAGCGAUGGUGUUGCAAGACUCCUGCUACAGAGGAGGAGGAAAUUUGAUGGCCCAGAGAGGGCUGAGAUAAUAUAGGGGAGAGGGAGACUUCUGAUGGCAUGUAAUUACUGCAGAACUUUCUUCCCAGGGAGGUGGCUUGCACAUCUCCCAAGCAUCUUCACUAAGCUGUGGAGGUUUUAAAACAAAAACAAGCAUUGUGUGUUAAGACUCCCCUGGAGAAGCAUCAAGCUUUGUGGUUGAGUGUGAGCAAUUGUACUUGUGCUUACAGCUCCCAGGUUGGUCGGUCAGUCUGCAGAAUCCAGGAGGAGAGUGGAAAGGCAAGGCUUUAGGACAUUUUGUUUCUGUCUUGGAGCUGAAUAGCAAUUUAGCCAUAAGUGUAACUUGACAACUCAAGAUGUGUUGCCAGCUUGAAAGGUUCCCCAGAGAAUAGCUUGGGCAGCCAUAGGUCCUGAUCUUCAGUGUCUUUGGGGCAAAACACCUGCCUAUCCUAGUUCUGCUCUUGUGCACUCAGAACUGCCGAUUCUGAAUGCGUCCGUAUCGGGAAAGCAAAUCUCGUCUCUGUUGCCGAGACAUCACAAAAGGGCCUGACUUGGACUAGGAAUGGACUUUCUCUGUGACACAUCAAGAAAGGGGGGGUGGCCAUGUUUGUUACAGCAGGUAAGUUCUUGCCAACUCUGAGGAGGAGUUUUCAGUAAUGCUUUGUAGCAUGCGAGCCUUAUGCUAGGCAAAGCAGUUUUUGCUCCUAGAGUAGUUCCAUGAGAUUGAAGGUGGUGAGUUACCUUCUGUUACUUGCCUUAAAGUUGAGUAUAUAGGCUCAGCUACCUGUGAGAGACCCUUUGACUGAGCAAAGCUUCAGGAGCAAAUGGGCACACGAGAGUGGUUGUAGCCUCUUCUGCUGUCCAGCUGCCCACUCAGUGAAAACUAGAGUGCCAAUAAUUUCAGCCAGCAUUUUUGUGCUGUUGGGGUAGAGUCGUGCUCUCACAGUUUUUGAAGGUGUUUAUAUAGGCAUAGUUUCUUGCAAAAUUUGUUUUUAUGCCCCUAAAAUCUGGUAUUUCCUUAUUUUUGACAGAGAAAUUCUCUGAUUUAUUGGUACAGUAACUAAUCUAGUGCAUUUAAGGGGAAGGUAUUACGAACCUUUUUUUUCCUGUCUUAAGUUUUACAUCAGGGUAGGAUGUGAAGUCCAAGGUGAGGAGGAAGGUGGCACAGAUACUACAAGGCCUGCCAAUCUGGUUCUUACUGUUCAGAAAAAAAAAAACUAGACUAAGAAGCUUACUGGUAAUUAGUAGCUAAUGUGUUUGUAACUAUCAUGUGCCUUAAAAUUUUCAUGGUAGGAGAAUAAAAAAAAAAAUCAACAAUGUGUUUUCUGUAAUACUGCUCAACAUUCUCUCUGUAGUUUAGACUGGUGGGAUUUUGCAUUGUAUUUACACUGUACUAUAAACUGAAACACUUAGAAUGGUUUGAUUUUACAAGUAUGGAGAGGAAAAAAAAUGGUGGAUUAUGCUUUUCAUAGAACAAAUGUGACCGUGACAGAAUGUAUUCUUAUUAUAGGAUCUUUCCAUAAUGCAGACAAGUAGAAUGCUUGUUAGAAACCAGGUAUGUAGGAUAACAAUUUGGUGUGUUUUCAAUAAACCAUGCCUGGAAAGAA